UUGGUUGUCAAGUGAGAGGAGAAGAAAAAUGGCGGAUGAAAACGAGGAUCAGUGGUUGUAUGGAGAUUCAACUGAUGGAAAAGAAUAUGCACCGACGCCCGUUCAACCAGAAAUCCAAGAAAAUGAUUCAAUUCCUACUACAGUGCAAGAAAAGUCACAAAUCUUGGAAGAUCAAAAAACGGAAAAUAUUCCUGACCCACCAACACAAAUACCUGAAGAAGCAGAACCACAAGAUGAAGAAUCUCCGCCGGUUAAUAAUGCUCAAAAUGACAGCAAUACAGAGGUAAAUAAGAACGGAGUAAGAGAAGCUUCCAGUCAAGAAGAUGGUGAAGCCGCCAGUGAUUCGGAUUCCGAUGACGACGUGCACGUUGUCAUAGGUGAUAUUAAAUCAACACCUGCAUAUGGCAGCCUCAAUAUCAAAAGAGGAGGAUUGCUUACAAAUGCAUCAGGUGUACCAGACAAGUUGAACAAACAACCAGGAAAAUUCAGUAUAGAUGAAUUUGAAACUAUAGGUGUUAUCAAUGGUAUGCCUGCUCAUGAGUUUAAUUUAGAUCAGCUAGAAGAUAAACCUUGGAGGCAACCUGGUGCAGACAUUACUGAUUAUUUCAAUUAUGGUUUUAAUGAGGAAACAUGGAGAGCUUAUUGUGAAAGACAAAAAAGAAUGAGAAGUGAAUCUGGAGUAGGUCUAAUAUUGAAUGCAGGAGGAGGGGGUGGUAAUGCAGGCAGCAUGAGGGUACCUCAGGUUGCAAUUACUAAUGAUAAUAGUAAAUAUUCUGGUAUAAUGGGACCAAAGAGGGCAGGACCACCUCCUGGAAGGAAAAUGGCAGGAACAAUAGAUGUAAUUGGUAGUUCAGGUCUGGCUUCCAGAAGAAAUCUUGAUAAAUCUCCACCAAAAGGGAAUGUGAUACAAGUAAUGACUGCAGAUAGGAGAGAAUACUCUAGGAAACCAGGUUUUCCUGAUAUGAGUGUUCCACCUCCCGGGGCAGAUGAGCCAGCUCCUUUUUAUAUGCCAGAAACAGAUCCGUAUUAUCAAAGCUAUGAACCUACUCAGGAUAAUCAAUGGGGCAAUGAUCCGACGUGGCAGCCGACAAACUUAGCUAUUCCAAUGACAGAGGGAGAAGAUGAUAAGGAUAGUGGCCCAAAAACAAUACCAACUAUGGUACCUCCGACAAAUAUACCUCCAAUAAUGCCACCCAGAGAUUCUCGAGAUCGUGAGAGGGAUCGGGAAAGAGAAAGAGAUCGCGACAGAGAGCUAGAUUCAAUGGGAAGGGAUCGAGAAAGAGAUAAGGACAGAGAUCGUGAUCGUGAGAGAGAAAAGGAUUCCAUGAUUAGAGAACGAGAUCGAGAAAGAGACUCGAUGUCGCGAGACGAAGAGAGAGAUCGAGACAGGUCCCGAUCUCAAUAUCGACACAAAGACCGACAUCGACAUCGAUCGAGAUCGCGAUCUCGUAGACACAAAUCCAGAUCUAGAAGUCCAAGUCGACGUAAGAAGAAAUCUAGACGCUCCGAGAGGGAACGUUCUAAAGAAGAAAGCGAAUAGAUAUAAAAAAAAGAGAAAAAAAGAAAAAAAUACUUACAGAUAUCUGCGGCCAUAUUGGCACGCUAAAUUUAAAAUGCUAAAUCUUUUAAUAAUAUAACUUUUCAUAUGUUACUUUCAAAAAUAUACGUUGAUACAAUUAUCUCACGAAGUAAUGUAAAGCAAGUGCAACAAAUCAUUUAAUCUGUCGCGGAACAGUCAUAUGACAUUCUCCGUGAUUCUCGUUCGUGCAAAAUUCGCAAUUUCUA